AUGGGCGUCCAAGGCAGCAGCCAGCAGGAGGGAGCGAGUCGUCUGCUUCCUCACCGUCGUCGCGCCGGCAAACCUCUCGACCUGACUCCCGCUCCCAACCACCAUGCGGCCCACCGCGGCGGCUGCCACCGCCUUCGUCUCGCCCGCCGUCGCAGCUCCCAGCCGCGCAGUUCCGCACGCCGCCCGCCGGCGCUUCGCUGUCCGCUCCGUCGCCGCCUCCCCUCCCGUCCCCAAGCCCGCGGCCGCCCCCUCCAAGACUGGGAAGUGGCAGUGGAUAUUUGAGGAUAAGCCAAUAAACAUUUACUACGAGGAACAUGAGCAUGAAACUGCUGAGAAUGUGAAGAACAUUCUUAUGAUUCCUACAAUCUCUGAUGUUAGCACAGUGGAGGAAUGGAGGGAGGUAGCCAAAGAUAUUGUAGCGCGAAAAGGAGAAUCAGGUUACCGUGCUACAAUAGUUGAUUGGCCUGGAUUAGGUUAUUCAGACAGGCCUUCACUGAACUACAAUGCUGAUGUGAUGGAGAAUUUUCUGGUUCAGUUAAUUAGGUCACCAAAUAGUCCUGUGGCAAAUACAGGUGGCGAAUUGGUAGUUGUUGGAGGAGGUCAUGCAGCAACGAUUGCAGUCCGUGCAGCUGGGAAGGGUCUUAUAAGACCAUCUGGCAUUGCCACUGUUGCACCUACUUGGGCUGGACCCCUCCCCAUUGUAUUUGGACGUGGUUCUGAUAUGGAGACAAGGUACGGGCUUCUACGAGGAACCCUCAGGGCCCCAGCUAUUGGCUGGAUGAUGUACAAUGUUCUGGUGAGCAACGAGAAGUCCAUCCAGUCUCAGUACACGUCCCAUGUUUACGCCAACCCUGAGAACGUGACUCCAGACAUCGUGGAGAGCCGCUAUGAGUUAACCAAAAGGAAAGGUGCAAGGUAUGUCCCUGCCGCAUUCUUGACAGGCCUUCUUGACCCUGUCCAAUCAAGGGAAGAAUUCCUUCAGCUGUUUGCCAAGUUGGACGGAGACAUACCAGUUUUGGUUGUGUCGACCACGAAUGCUCCGAAGCGGUCAAAGGCUGAGAUGGAAGCUCUCAGAGGUGCCAAAGGCGUGACUGAAUUCGUGGAGGUUCCAGGUGCCCUUCUGCCGCAGGAGGAAUACCCAUCGCCAGUUGCAGAGGAACUCUACAGCUUUCUGAAGGAAAUCGUCAAGUAGAUGAAAAUGUGCACGAGUCAUGGUCAAAUUCACCAACAUCCUAUACUCAGUACUGUACUAGAGCUUGUAACAGAAGCAGCAUCAAAUUCCUGUCUGGGUGCCACAACAUUUCCAAGCCUGGGAAACCAGCCAAUCCAUAAUUCCAUAUACAGCGUGUCAAAGCGUGCAGCAGCAUAUCGCCCUGAUCAAUAAUUGCAGCUCACACAUCAUGCUC